AUGGCAUCCACCUCGACAGCAAAGCCAUCGCGGCCUAAGCAUCCUCCAUCUCGUCAUUCCAUCGGCGCUUCUUCACCAACCAGGCUCAAGUUCAGCACCGGCGCAAAGACUCCUCUUCCUUCUCAUCGUUCACCGACGUCUAUGCGCUCCAAGCUCAAGCAUGUCGUCACUGCUCCCACACUACCCUCGGCGACGUCCCAAUUGCCUCCUGCUACCGCCUUGGAUCCGCCUGCCUGUCAACAUUGUCAUCGGAUAGACACUCGCUUCUAUUGUGACUCAUGCCUCACUUCCAGAAUCGAAGCGCACCACACCGAGAUGCGUAGGCUUUCUCUCACUCGCGACAAGGCCAAAGCUUGUGUCAACCAUCUGUUGUUCCCCCAUCCCAAUACUGAAGCUGUACGCGCUACUUUCUCAUCUUCGUCCCAGCCUUCGCCGUCGACUGGGCCCAUGCAGACCAUCAACGAGAAUGCACUUCCAGAUCCAUUUGAAUCCAACGCUGCAGAACAAUCAUCCACCACUUCGUCAGACGCCAAACCCGAUCUACUCGAUCUAUAUUCGCUGAUACAGCUACGUGCACGCCGGUCCGCCAUCAUCGAACGCGUACAAACCGUUCACAGGUGCAUCUCUGAAUCGCAACUUGCCCAUCUCCAGGGUCAAGAAGUGCUCAAAGAGAAAGUGGCGCAUAUUGCCCUACGCAAGCAGAAUCUCGCCAAAGCCUGGUCUGCACUCGAAGGCUCUUCGGCAGCUGCUCCCGCCUCUGCUGCUCAACGCUCACGCAUCGCAGCCAAGUCUCGCUGGCUCACUCAUCCAGCUGCUGAUCACAUCGACCUCCCUCUGGUCUAUACCGAUGUCUAUACCCACUACGAACGCCAAUCUGACGAUCAUAGCGACGCUGCCCUUGUGCCCACGUCCCAAUCGACUGAUCACCAGCUAGGCGCCAUUCUCACACGCGCUCGACUUGACCUCGCAGCACUCAAGACCGAGGCUCACGCUGUGUCUACGCAACUGGCAGUCACGAGAGCCUACCUCGCCCGACAAGCCUUCUCCAUCUUCACUGUAUCUCCUCCUGACACGCCGUCAUUCAAGCCGCCCCUUUUGCUCAGAACGCGGCAACUCGACCUUUCUGCCAGUGGCUCGGUGGCGCAGCGCAUCAGUCGACUCUCGGAGAAAUACAUUCCGGGCGCAUUUGGACUCCAGAGUAGCUCGUCCUCGUCUGCUCUCACCAUUCGGACUCCACAACGCGACACAGUCUCCGAUGCUCGCCAAUCCAAGCCCUCUUCCGCCAGCGCCUCUGCAUCAGCCUCGUCCAGCAACUGGUCGAUCGCCUCGCUCCCGCUACCUUUGCCCAGCGAAGCACGUCGAUACCCUCGCGAAGCUGUCAACGGUGCUGUCACGUAUGCUGCCAACUUGCUUCAACUCGUUGCCGCAUAUCUCGGAAUUGCUCUCCCCUUUUCCAUCGAGCAGCACAAGGGCCGCCUGGCCAUUUGUCCUGACCCACUCUGGGAUGGCGGCGGAGGCUCGAGCGCAAAGACGCUUCAUCUCUCAUCAAGUGCAUAUACCUACCUCACCGCCACCCACACGGCCGCCUCACGUCCUUCCAAGCUCAAUAAUCUUGCAGAGUCUACCUAUGGUCUCGGAGCGUCGACUCUGUCCACGAUCGAGUCGUAUAUCCACCUCCCUUCCAGCACGAGCCUGCCAUGGGGCCUGUCGUCCACCUCGGCGCAGCCUUCCAAGCCGACAUACAACACAACUCCCACGCAUGCUGAGGCAGACCAGAAUCGACGUUCCGACACUAACCCGCGUACAGGCUUCAAAUCCAAGCCGGAGCAAGCUGCCAAGUCGUUUGUCUCGGCUCUCGUCAUGUUCUCCUACAACGUUGCCUACCUCGCUGCCAAACAGGGAAUCCGGCUCGACCUCGUCGCAGCUGCAGCAAAUCCUCUUGAAAUUUUGACCAAGGUCAUGCAGCAAGCCGAACUUGGUCGUUUUGCGCACGCUAAUCAUAUCCGUCCUUCGAGCAUCCAGGAUCUGAGAUUACCUGGCCUGGACUAUGAGCAGCUCGCUCAGAUUUUGGAGCCAAACAACGCAACAGCCGACAGCUACAAGCGCGGUUCCACCAAGUCCGCCAAAGUCGAAAUGGAAAAGGCAUCGUCUUCAAAGCCUAGCAAGACGCCCAAGAUUCUUGAGCAAAGUUAUGUUGAUGUCGGCGAAGCGGCAGCUUCGGUGUUCGACAUCAAGGAUCCUUCCACGAUGACCCGCAAGCCGAAUUUGCAGUCGCCGUCAUCUAACCGGACGCCUUCGCAACAGACGCCACGGCAUUCAGACUCGACUUUGACCAGACAAGCCGGCCAGCCUAAUGCCAUCAGUAGUCUUCAGAAGCAACGAGUUGAUGCGGGCAAACGCAGUAGCUCGGCAAUGCCUGCCCAGCCUCCUCCCUCGCUCGACUUUCUGCGUCAACGUGGGCGUGAUGCCUCCAAGGCGAAGCCCGACUAUUCUAACGCCAGUCCUGUUUUUCACUUGACGGGAGCCGAGCCUGUGCCGGCCAAAGUCGGUCCCGGUGCUGUCAUUUUCAAUGGUGUCGAGGUUGGCGUUGGCAAUCUCACUCCGACCGACUCGACGCGCGGCGAAUCUGGCAAGAAGCCCCGCAAGCAAACGAACGACGAAGGCUGGAACCUCGUCUAG